CGCCCACACAUCUCAAGACACCGAGUAAUAGUAUCACUGUGUGUGUGUGUGUGUGUAGACGCGUGCACGUAGAGAGGGUCAUGGAGGUCACCGCACACCACACACGGACAGUGGCAGGAUGGGCGGCCAUGAACGAGUCCGGCAAGGUUGAGCCCUUCAUCUUCCAGAGAAGGGAAAACGGCGUGGACGACGUGACGAUCAAGGUUCUGUACUGCGGCAUGUGCCACUCGGACCUGAACUUCUUGAAGAACGACUGGGGCAUCACCAUUUACCCCGUCGUCCCCGGCCACGAGGUCACCGGCGUCGUGACGGAGGUGGGCGCCAGCGUGUCGGGCUUCAAGGUCGGCGACCGCGUCGCGGUGGGCUGCAUCGUAGAGGCCUGCUUCGACUGCGACCGCUGCCACCUCUCCGAGGAGAACUACUGCGAGAAGCUCGCGCUCACCUACAACGGCAUCCUGUCGGACGGCAGCGUCACCUACGGCGGCUACUCGGAGACGCUCGUGGUCCACCACAAGUUCGUCGCGCGGGUCCCGGACAGCCUGCCGCUGGACGCGGCGGCGCCGCUGCUGUGCGCCGGCAUCACGGUGUUCAGCCCGAUGAAGCAGCACGGCAUGCUGCGCUCCGGCGGGAGCCUCGGCGUGGUCGGGCUGGGUGGGCUCGGCCACAUCGCCGUCAAGUUCGGCAAGGCGUUCGGCCUCCGCGUCACCGUCAUCAGCUCGUCGCCGGCCAAGGAGAAGCAGGCGAGGGAGGGCCUUAAGGCCGACGACUUCAUUGUCAGCACCGACCAGGAACAGAUGCAGGCCAAGAGGAGGAGCCUAGACUACAUCAUUGAUACCGUCCCAGCUAAGCAUUCGCUUGGUCCGCUCUUGGAGCUGCUCAAGAUCAAGGGCGUCCUCGCUCUCGUCGCCGCACCGGAUCAGCCCCUUGAACUUCCAUCUUUCCCUCUCCUCUUCGGAAGGAGGACAGUUAGUGGCAGCAUAGCGGGGAGCAUGAAGGAGACGCAGGAGAUGCUUGACCUGUGCGGCGAGCACAACAUCACCUGCGACAUCGAGCUCGUCUCGACAGACGGGAUCAACGAGGCACUGGCCCGGCUGGCGCGCAACGACGUCCGCUACCGCUUCGUGAUCGACAUUGGCGGGGGCUCAAACUAAAGCUUUUGCUGUACUGUGUCUGGAUCAUCAUGCUUAAGAUAAAGCUCGAGUUGCAUGCAUUCUUCUUAGAAUGGAUCGGAGAGAGCAUAUUUCUCUUUACCCAUGAGAAGCGAAUUGUCAUGAUGCAUCUGCCUCACGUUCCUGAGCUCCGCAUUAACUCUUGCCUAAUUUUAUCAAUAUGUUAAAACUUCCCAAUAAGCCUGAACUGAAUCUAGUAGGAUCGAUACACGUACAGAUCAGUGCCAAAAACUUUCAGCUCUCGGGUAGAUCAAUUUGUAUUCAGGACACACAUGAAUAAAUAUAUCUACAAGAGUUUGGGUGCA